AAAGAAUCAAUAUGCAUCUAUAAAUAUACUGAAGAAAAUAGAAAAAUAAACUACAAAGACUUCGAGUUUUACUCAAUAAUAAUACCAAAAUUGAAAAACAAGUCUUUAAAAAAUGGUACUUUUCAACAUGAUAAGCGAGCUCAAACCUGGAAACAUGCACUGGGGAUUGCAUGUUCUUUAGUUUGGUUGUACUCUGUCCCUAUGUACAAUGACCAGUCAAAGAUUUCAACUUUGGAGUGUGGUUUCCAUGAUAGGACUGUAAGGGGAUCGUAUUCACGCCACAGUGAAGUACGAACAAGUUUGACUUUCCUCCCUAUUUUGCAAGGAAAUAUGCUUUAUAAAAUUAGGACAUUCAUUAUUGUUGAAAAUAAAAUGACCUACAAAGCAACUAUUGCUCCCUAC